AUGGCAGAAGAAUUUCAAGAAUCUGAAGUAAUUUUUCCAGAAAAUAAUGAUGAAAGCAAGGAUGUUUCAGUUCAUUUGAAUUCACGAGAAUCAAGAAAGAGCAAGGGCAGAAGGAAAAAGUUGAAUUCAGUUCCGAUGAAUAUCCCGGAAAAUGCGUCCAGAAAUUCAUUGCUUGGGUAUGUGGAUUCAGAUUUUUUCGAAGAAGAUAUUGGUGAUGACGGAGAAAUGAUCCCACCACACGUCAUCAUCGGACGGCGUCUUGCAGGAAAAAUACUGGCGUUUUCCGUCUGCGCCGGGAUUAAUGGAAAGAGACUUAAAGGAAGGAAUUUGAUGGAAGUCCGAAAUUCAAUUCUCAGGAUGACAGGAUUUCUUGAAACAUGA